AUGGAUCUUCGAAGAGCCCAACGGAACUUAGAGCUGAUCUCCCACGUGGAAGCAAAACAAGAUCACAAUGACAUCGACGAGGAUGGAGAUAACAAUGAGACUCGAUUUGGGACAGGACUUCCAAGUACUCAAGUACCUCAUGAUCUGAUGGCAUUUACCUCAAGUGGAUCAGAAAUGGAAAAUGAGAAUGAAAAUAAGGAAGAAGGAAAUCUGCCGAAAGAGAAUUCAGAUAUUAAAUCACUACUUUUUGAGCCAGAACAAGGCCGAAUGACAAGUGAAAACCAUGAAGCAAAGCAGGGACAUUUUGAUGAAGCUAUGCAUGAAGAACCAUUAAUGUUUAUGAAUACACAAAUUCAAAGUCGGCUUGAUGAUGCAGAAGAAGAAUCCAGGUUGAAAUUACAAUUGAAUCAUUUCAAAUAUUCAGCUGAAGAAAAUGAAGACGAAUAUAUUGAUGAGUUGUCAUCACGGUCACCUACAUUCUUACUGCAUGAGAAAGUUACGAACUUAAUACCGUUGAAGACCAGCACAAUGAAGAAAUCAUCAGUAUCACCAAAGAAAGUUGUUAAACAGAAAAAGAAAACAACCACGACGACAAGAAGAACGAGUAAAAGAUCUACUAAUACAUUGAAAAAUACUAUCAAGAAUAUUACACAAUUUAGUAUUGAAAAUUUUGAAAAGACAAGAUCUCAAAAUUUAUUAAAACAAUUAUCUGGUAAGCAUAAAAAGGUUCAAGAUAUAAUUAAGUUGCAAGAUAAUGAAGAUAGUGAAAGCAGUUCUUCGAGGCCGAGAAAGGAUAAAAGUAAUAAAAAGAGGAAGAGUAAAGAACUGGAGUUUGAUACGUAUAAUUGUAAAGAAUGGGAAUAUAUUUCUAAUUCAAUAAUUAAGAAAUUCCCACAUUGUGAAAAGUCAGAGAUGAAACAAGUUUUCACAUAUUUAUAUGGCGGCGAUGUGGGGGGUACAGGAGAGCAAAUUGAUUUCCAUGAAGAUAAUGCUAAAAGUUAUGAGAGUAACUAUGUGGAAUCUCAAGGUCUUUGGGUAAGUUCACAGUUAGCACCUCGAGAAGUUUCACAGCCUGGUACGAAAGACGUUACAGGUGUUCAAGAUAGUAUUAAACCAAGGACGCAAUCUGUGGUGAAUGUAUUAUCAUUAUCUCAAGUAAUGGAAGAUAAGACAGAAGCAUCAAUAGAUAAUAUACCCAUGGAUGACCAUGUCGAUAAUGUACCAAUGCGAGAAAUUAGAAAUGAUCGUUUAGAAAAUAUAUCGAUACAAGAAGUCAUGGCUGAUCCUAUUGAUGAGAUACCUAUAGAAGUUGAGGUCAGCAGUAUAUCGUCUCAAAAUGUAGCUCCUAUUAAUAUCAACAAAGAAUACAAUGGUGGAGGUGAGGAUGAUGAUAUAUCCAUAGUAUCAGAUAGCAUGGAAGAAUCAGCGAAUAUAAUACCAAUACGUGAUACGACCUUCCUCGAAGAGGAGGAAAAUGAUGAAUACAUUUCUAACAAAAAACAAGAAGUAGAGGGAAAGGAGCAACGCCGUAAACGAAUAACGAUACCAGAGUUAAAAGGACCAUUUUUGAUAAGGGAUGACGAAAUCGCAGCAGCCGGAGGAGAAGAAGAAAAGGAAAUAAUAGAUUUAACGCAAGAGCCAUUUAAAGUAGUUGAUAGGUUGAUUUCACCAUUACGUUCCUUUGCUUCCAAUAAUGGCAAUGACGAUAAUAAGGAGAAUGGGAACGGGAACGAAAACGAAAACGAAAACGAGCAUGAUGUUGUUAUUGGGAGUGUUCAAGUUCCUGCUAGCAGAACGACAUCUGUUUUACCNGCGACCACCACUCAGGGUGUCACUUCAUUAGAUGCAAACGGAAAUGAGUACGGAAUAGAUAAUGAAUGGGAGAAUAUACGAUGUUUAGUCCCAUUAUAUAUGAUUGAAAAUGAUGAUCUUAUAUUAGCAGAUACAUACACAUAUUCACGAGAUGAAACUGUCGUUUCUUGUUCUGAUGAAGAGGCAGGAGCAAACACGGGGACUAUAAUUAUCAGGAAUAAAGAAGAAAAGAAACCUAACAUAAUUGAAUCACAAAGUGUUCAAAAAUUACGAGAUAGUAUUCGGUCAUUAGGGUUAAAACCUGUCCGUUCUAAGAGUGAGAUGAUUGAAUCAUUACAACUUGCAUCUUCUCAAUUAGGUGAGAAAAAUAGUAAUCAAGAUGAGAUGAUGGUUAAUAAGAAACAAUUAUUUGAACAUAUUACGAAGAUAGUACGAGAUGAUGAGAUGAUGAUGGACAAGAUUAUAUGUUUUGAACCAAUAUUAAUUCAGGAAUUAUUAGAACGGUUGAUCAAAUUAGAUCCAUUCAUUGAGAUUGUUGAUACUUCAACAAUAAGAGAAUGGGCAGAUUCUCAAGGUGUCUGCUUGAAAAACAGAUAA